AUGGCUAUGCAGCUUCCAUGGGAGUUGGAGGAAGAGAUACUCUGUCGUCUUCCAAUUAAAUCUCUAGUUCGUUUCAGAGCCGUAAGUAAACGAUGGAACGGUGUUCACAAAGACAAGACAUUCCAAAACAAACACUUGUCUCGCUCCCGUCCCCAAUUCAUCUUCCUCACCAGUUCCAAAACCUAUUCGAUAGACAUACUCAAUCCCAACAGCAACGAUCCAACGGUUGAAAGGACCAAGGACGGCGCUCAAUUGCUCUAUGUCAAGAACGGGCCUAGAUUGUUCUAUGACUUUGGCUUAGGAUACGAUAAUAGCAAACCAGAUAAGGUUUACAAGAUCUUGGGCUAUUUUUAUGGUCGUGAGUACCAUUUUUUAGCUGCGAUAUACGAUUGUGCGUCUCAGGCGUUGAAGUUUAUUGAUACACCUGAGGGUAACUGGCUCAAGACUGAAACAGCUGAACCAAGAAAACAAGUGUCCCUAAACGGAAAUCUCUAUUGGUUUAGUCGUGAUAUGAAUACUUUGCAGUACUCGAUCCGAAGCUUUGAUUUCUCUGCUGAUAUUUUCAAAACCUUUUGUAAGCUCCUUCCAUGUCACAUUAACCAUCACAGUGAUAAACAUCUCCUCGCGGUUUACAAGAGAGAUCGGUUCUCGUUGUUGAACCAAUGCGAUGUGACAAGGAAGGUUGAGGUUUGGGUAACGAAGAAUAAGAUCGAUAAAGAGGAACAAGUGGUGUGGAUAAAACUCAUGACUUUGCCAAGAACUAUCUUGCCAAUGCUAUAUAUUUCGUAUUAUCACAUUAGUUACUUCAUUUAUGACAAGACCAUAUUCAUGUGUUGCGACCACGACAAAGACCUAGGGACUUGGAUCUAUAUUUUGAGGGGAGAUAUGUGCAAGAAGAUGAAGAUUCAUAUACAGAUGUCUGUGAAUUUGGGGCGUUAUCACUGUGUUUCCACUCCCAGUUUGACCUCGAUUCCUUUGUUUAGUGGUUAG